AUGGCCGAGUUAGCUCUAGCAAUCAUCCCUCUCGGUCUCAAGACAUGUGCUAGUCUUGUGAGCUACCUGGGCGGGCUCAAAGAUCACAAUAGUGCUCUUGCUCGACUGAAACGCCUACUGGAGUCUCUAGAGGCCAGUUUCCGCUUACUAGACGGGUUUUUGAACAGUGAUCAACUGGAUCUCUCCACCUCGAAGGCUGCGACUUAUGCUAUCCGAUGCUUGGCUAAUUGUGAAGACUGUUUGAAGGACCUUAAGGAAUUUGGAGACAAGCUUGGCGCAUCCAGCCCGCCCAAACCUACAGUCAAAGACAAAAUGAAGGGCACCUAUCGAAAACUUUCAUAUCCUCUACGGCAGGCUCAACUAACACAAUUGGAAAAUGCUUUGGAUAGUCUUUGCACUCCACUCAACCUGGCUGUCAAAGGCUUGCACUUAGAGCUGCAAGCUGUAGCUUCUAGUGCUAUGGCUCUAAACGCUGCCAGCGUUCAGAGAACAGAGCUUGAGGUCUCAACGUUGGCUGCUACAAUAUCCCACCUCACUGGUCCUAUUUCUACCAUUCAACCACAGCUCGCCUUCGUCCAGAGUUCUAUCGAUUCCGUGGCUCUUCAGAUUGACUUGAUAAUCAAAUCACAUUUCAAGGCGCAGAUGGAUGAGAUCCGAGCAUCUUUCCAACAAGCGGAGUCUGCAGCGUCACAACUCCAUGUUCAAACUGCUGAGCUCCUGUCCAGACUCAGUAUAGAUGAUCAAAAGCCUGCACAAGCUGUUUACAGACUUGCCUCUCGGCCAAGCGCAUUAUACGAGCUAGCUUCCACUGCCUCCGCCUGUUCUUGGAGAGCUGUUGAGUUGACAUUGCGCACGACUACUGGAGCAGGUGGUUUCAGCAUCAGCCCCUCUAUCAAUUACUUUGCUAUGGUUGAUGAAGGUAGCUCUCCAGCUUUUAGAGUCAUCAGCUUGCUGGUUGAAAGCCGCCUUGGAGCCCGAUGGGCAAUGGAAAGUUAUCCGGGGCUCUUGUUCGAGUCAAUUACCCGAAAACUUCGAUCAAUCUUCCGCUCCGGGAGGGCUAGGCCAACGGAUAUUAACUCGAAAGGCUAUUCCUUACUUCAUCACUUGACCUUGACUAUGCACUCCGGUAACUUCCGAAUCUUAACCCAGCAGCAGCGUGCACAUCCGAGUUUGAAGUCCUUGUUCGACUUUCUUAUCGCAGCAGGUACCCCAGUGUCGGCCGUUGGGUCAGACGGUCGUCUCGCCCUACACAUAGCCGCCGACGAAUUUGUGCUUCCAUCCUCUAUUCUUGCCCAGUUGUGUGUAGACGAUGCGGAGAUACCAGCUCCCAGGCCUCCAGAACUGAGGUUCGGUAGUUUUGGCCGCAUAGACAUCGCUACGUACGAUGGUGUGAGUCAAAGGAUUGCCGAAGCAUUGUUUGGGCCACUGACCCUUGCGAUUCUACGGAACAACGUCAGAGAAGUUGAAGAUCUAAUCAAUAGGAGUCCAGAAUGUAUGGGAGAAGUCAGCUUCUAUGGUGAGACUCCUUGUUAUGUGGCCAUCGAGAAGCCGGAAAUUUUACGACUGUUGGUCAAACGAGCAACCCCAGAACAACUUGUUCAGCCAUGCCGAAUAGCAUCAGGCAUGAUCAGUCCUCUGGGUAGGUCGAUUCGGAGAAGCAAAAGCAUCUGCAACAGUCGUGGAACUACCGACGGGUCUGUUUGCCCCUGCACCGAGGCAGUGAGGAUCCUGUUGGAAGCGAAAUACCCUAUCAGACCAUACUAUGACUUUUCUAAGCGCAAUAUUUUUGGCAUGGCUCAAUCGCUUAAUUUGUUCAUCAGUGCUUCCACACAUUGCAAGCUUUUGAUUGCAAGACAGGUGAAAAUGUGUCAGCAAGAAUUCGAAGAGUCCGCUCCAAGAACAUGGCUGCUCUCAGAAAUCAGGCAUUCGUCACCAACGCAAUCCGACAUCCGAUCUAUCAGGCCUGAAGAAUCUUUACAGAGACAAGCUAAUGCCAAACCGACAACCUUGCAAAGAAUUCUGCCAGCACAAGUAGGCUGCAAGGGUGGUGAAAAGCCCAUCUUCAGACCCAUAUGGCUUGAUAUCACGCGCCCUGAAGAUGCAUCUAUUUUUCGGCAUACGGGAUUCACCGAUAUUGACGACGCCUGGACACAUCCAUCACUAAGCAAGCAGGCAUUUAGUGCGUUCGGUCCAGACGUAUGGCAGGUCUUGGACUGUACAUCGUCGCAAUCAGAGCGUUCUAGUUAUAUUCUAGCCGAGAUCAUCAUCAACAACAGGAAGAAUUUGAAGGGAUACCUCACCAAGGACCCUUUGGCCAUUGAAUACACAGAUAGCUGCACUUGUCAGUGUUCGCCUGAAGGUUAUACGCCUUUUGCUUAUGCGAUACGGUGCCUUUUGGAAAGCUAUUCAUCAGAUACUGACGAGCUGCGAUCAUUCGUGGAAGACUUUGGAGGAAUGUUGACCACGUAUCAACAUACGGCUGUUUUGAGGCAAGCGGUCUUCGCCGAUCUCGAUAUGUUACACACAUGUUCCACCAGGUCAGAUUUUCCAGAUGAGGCGCUAGACGAUCGUGUCUAUACCGCGACAGAUGAUGGUGACAAAGCAGCCUUUAUCGAUAGCGUGAUUGUCGAGUUCAAACGAUUCAUGCUUGAGGAUGCCGACGCAACAGAGAGCGAAGGAAAAAAUGACGACAUGUAUCUCUUUCGUAAGACUAGGAAACAUCACCAACGUGCUUUGGAAUUCUGGGAUCACAUUUUGCCCUCCAUGAUGGGGCAAUUUGAGCAGACUUUGGCGUCUACAAGGAAUCCUGACCCCGAGGCUUUGAAAGACCUGGGGGUAACUCUAUGGAUCGAGGAAGAGAAGAAACAAGAAGUCUGUGCUAGGGUGUAUGAAGUAAGAAGGGAUGACGAGGAGAGCCGCAGGAUGGCAUUUGAAGAACUUAUGGACAAGCUAGAGAUGAUCGAAUGA